GUCCUGGGCCAGUCGCUGAGGGACCAGAGGGCCACCCGGGAGCUGGUGGUGCUGGUCACUCCUCAGGUGUCCAGGCUGCUCAGGGCUAUUCUCUCGAGGGUAUUUGACCAGGUCGUCGAGGUCGAUCUGAUGGACAGCACCGACCACGUCCACCUGGCCUUCCUGAAGAGGCCCGAGCUCGGCGUCACCCUCACCAAACUCCACUGCUGGACGCUCACCCGCUACAGCAAGUGUGUGUUUCUGGACGCCGACACCCUGGUGCUGUGCAACAUCGAUGAGCUGUUUGAGAGGAGCGAGUUUUCGGCCGCCCCGGACCCGGGCUGGCCCGACUGCUUCAACAGCGGGGUGUUCGUCUUCCGGCCUUCCCUGCGGACACACCGCCUCUUGCUGCAGCAUGCCGUGGACCACGGCAGCUACGAUGGGGCCGAUCAGGGCUUGCUCAACAGUUUCUUCAGCAGCUGGGCCACGGCCGACAUUCAGAAGCACUUGCCCUUCGUCUACAACUUGAGCAGCAGCGCCGCGUACACCUACAGCCCGGCGUUCAGACAGUUCGGUUCAAGGGCGAAGGUGGUCCACUUUCUGGGGCCCAAGAAGCCGUGGAACUACAAGUACAACCCGCAGACGGGCUCGGUGCUGGAGGAGGCGCCUGGGACGGCCCCCCAGCACCAGCUGAGCUUCCUGAACCUGUGGUGGAACAUCUACCAACACAGCAUCUUGCCUCUGUACGAACACAUCCCGGACGAGCCACGGAAACCAUCGCCCGGACACAGGAUGACAGGUUGCCCUGAAAUCGAGACUCCGGCUGGAGUGAUGCCUGAGCCAAAUCCACCACCUUUUCCCCAAUUGGCCGAAGUCGCAGAGCCCCGAACCGCCUCCGUACAGCUCACUGAAACACCCGCGGACGAGACAGGAAGUGGCCGGACGGAGGAAUCCGAGGAACGAAACCAGGAGCCCCCUGUGAAUGUCACCAGGGACCCCAGGCCUGAGGAUGCGCUGCAGGUGGACCUGGCCAUGUCCAUUUCCGAGAUCUCCAUCAGAGAGAAGGUCAGGGCGCUGAGCCCCGAGGAGCAGCGGAGGAAGUGGGAAGAGGGCCACAUCGACUACAUGGGGACGGACGCCUUCGCCCGCAUCCAGGAGAAGCUGGACCGGUUCCUGCAGUGACGCGGGGGUUCCGUCCGCCAUGUUCUGUUGAAUGGACGUCUCCUCUCGUGUCUUCCCAAAGGGCAACGCUGUUCAACUACGUGCCUGUCUUCACGGUUCAACUACGUGCCUGUCUCUACGGUUCAACCACGUGCCUGUAUUUGUCGUUAUCGAUGGUCGACCAACCUGAGUGCCUCGCAAAAAAAAAAAUAAAUAACGUAGACCGUGAACAACCCAGCUGGAAGCCGCCUGCUGGUCCCAGCUCUCCCACAUCUUCUCGCCUUCUUCUCACCGCGUCUGCAAAAAGGAGCAGAAAGAAACUUCUGGUUGACCCUUGACCACGGUCUUGGCCAAAGGAGCCUCGCAACGAUGCCUUGGACAGAUGCUACGACGUCUAUGUUGGAUGUCACCACGGAUUGUCUUCCGUCCCCAAGGGAACAACAGUAGGAUCCUGUGUUCAGUACCUCCGGAAUCCUUAAUAUGAACAUCCUUUCUCUUUGUUUUUAAUAAAAUAUUUUUACUAGAGGUCCGGUG